AACAGUAGCCUGUGUGAAGUUGGGUUAAUACUCCGUAAAUUCGUGAACUCAAUCCUCUGUCUGGACAAUUGUUCCUUUUUAAUCUAGUCAGGUCAUUACAAUACUGGUGACCGGUGGUAGGUGAAAUGCCGCAUGCCAAAAUGUUAUGGGAAAUACAAGUAGGCUAGUGAAUAAAAAACAAGAAUUUGUUGCAUUGUAAAAAAAAAAAUAUUAUAAUCUGGAGAACUGCACAAUGAGUUGUUAGGGCAAUAGGGUCGCUUGCGCGUUAUGGACGAGAUGGCUGCUGGAGCCCCGCAAGGACUUAUCUGUUUGUGCUGUGCUUCAUUUGCUUUGAAAAUUCUGUGAUGCUGGUCACUCACUCAUGUCUAGGCGCUGUGAGGGCCAACCAUGUCAGGGCGGAUGAAAACCGCUGCACAACUAUGAAAACUGCGGGCGGAAGUAGCUAGCAGCUGAUGUGUAAAAGCUGCAAAAGAAAAACGGAGCAGGAUAAAAACAACCAAUUUAGUUAGCAAUUUAAGUCGUUAAUUAGUUAGAUUGUCACUUGUUGCUUUGAUGGAUUUUCUUUGAACUUGCUUGCCUUUAAUUUUUUUGCGAGUAAAUUUAGCGUUUUGCUAACGUUAAGUUAGCCAGUAAGCUUCUUUUUCAUGUUUCCUGGUGACGAGCCACAAGACGGAGUGUUUUGUCAAUUAACCAUAUUUCUGGAUCAUUCAUGACUUAUGUUUUUUAUUUUUUUUGCAAUGCUGGUAGCUAACUGCCAUGUCUAUUGUUGUUAGCUAACUUCAUGACCGCUAUAGCUCCAGCAGCAGCUGGCACCACUGGCUCCAAAGUGUAAUGACACGGCGGUUGGGCAUAACGUAGCUGGAGCUCGCUGAUUUUGCCGCUUGGCAGCGGAAACAUAUUUUCACUCAAACACCCUAGCUACGUUUUCAUUAUACACGACUCUUGUGGUGCACAGAUACGAUGGCAAACAGCACUCGAACGAAGAAUGAGAAUUCCAUCAUGGAAAGCGCAAGCCCCCUGUCCGGGAGGAAAAAGGCACAACAAUCCCCUGGGUCUCGCUCAAGGUACCAUGUCAGUGCACCCGGACAUUGUUUUAGGAAAGUGACUCUCACCAAGCCAACGUUCUGCCACAACUGCAGUGAUUUCAUAUGGGGUCUUAUCGGAUUCAUUUGUGAAGUAUGUAACUUUAUGUGCCAUGAGAAGUGCCUGAAGACUGUGCGGACUGCGUGUUCAUGUAUGGCCCCGACGCUGGUGCGGAUCCCUGUGGCCCAUUGCUUUGGUCCAGCAGGGCAGAAAAAGAGAUUCUGCUGUGUGUGUCGAAAACAUCUGGAGGGAAACACAGCCAUUCGCUGUGAAGUUUGUGAGCUGCAUGCCCACUCGGAAUGUGCUGCAUUCAGCUGUGGUGACUGUCGUCUCUGCCAUCAAGAUGGGAGUCAGGACUUUGAUACGCUUCACCACCACUGGCGGGAGGGAAACAUCCCCUCAGGUGCACGCUGUGAGGUCUGCCGACGCACCUGUGGCUCCUCGGACGUCCUGGCGGGGAUGCGGUGCGAGUGGUGUGGUAUGACGACACACGCUGCCUGUUAUGUCAUUGUGCCUCCAGAGUGUGGCCUAGGACGUCUACGUAGCAUGCUCCUUCACCCCGCUUGCGUGCGAAUAUGCUCGCGGAACUUCAGCAAGAUGCACUGCUACCGCAUCUCUGAGAGCUGCCAGAAUGACCUGGAUAACCUGGACGAAGUUGACACCCAGAUUCCAGCAACUACAAAGGAGAGCCAGCCGGCAACCACAGCGGAUUCAGGGAAGCAGGUUCUCAAGGUGUUUGAUGGGGACGAUGCAGUCAAGCGCAGCCACUUCCGCUUGGUCUCCAUUCCUCGGAUAACCAAGAAUGAGGAAGUGGUGGAGUCAGCGUUGAGGACCUUCUACAUCCCAGAUGACUCGCUGGACUACGAGCUCCAAGACAACGGCCAGCAGGCUCUACACAGCAAUGACAUCCUUAACCGUAACGGCACCCCUGACGAAAAGGCCAUCUUUAAGGAGAACGUGCCUGAGGCGUGGCUUCUAAGGGCCAAACCCCAGGACACAGAGGUCCUCAAGGUUUAUCCUGGCUGGCUCAAGGUUGGUGUGGCGUACAUAUCCAUCUCCAUCUCCAAGAACAGCACAGUGGAUUCUGUCAUUAAGGAGGUCCUCACUCAACUGGGAAGACAGGACGAAGACCCAUCAAGCUUCAGCCUUGUGGAGGUUUACAUGGGCAGUAAGCAAGUUCAGAGACAAGGGCUGACAGGCCAGGAGCUGCUACUGUACAAACUGCAGGAGAUAAGGAAGAUCUCCCUAAGGCAGAUGAACCAGACCCGUUUCUACAUCGUGGAGAGCAGGAAGCAAGUUGUGCAGGUCAACCUGCUGCUGGAGGGACUGCCUGUACAACUGAGCAAGGAGGAAUAUACCAACCUGCUACAGGAGCACUUAGCUAUCAAGAGUCACUUGGUCACCAUCACACAUGUUUACGGGAGCCAAGGUGCAGUAGUGGUGCAGAUAUCGUGCUUCUCUGAGGCUGAGAGGAUCUACAUGUUAGCCAAAGACACGUCUGUCAGCAACCAGCAGCUGACCUCCCUAGUCAUCCCAGAGAUCAUGCACAACAAGUUGCCCAAAGGUGGCUCGCCCCUACUGGUGUUUGUCAACCCCAAGAGCGGCGGGCUGAAGGGCCAAGAGCUUCUUUAUGGCUUCCGGAAGCUUCUCAACCCCCACCAAGUGUUUGACAUGACCAACGGGGGACCGUUGCCUGGACUGCACACGUUUAGAGAGGUACCCCGCUUCCGGGUUUUGGUGUGUGGGGGAGAUGGGACGGUGGGCUGGGUCCUGGGGGUCCUGGAGGCCAUCCGACACAAGCUGGUCUGUCCUGAGCCCCCCAUUGGUAUUGUCCCACUGGGCACAGGUAAUGACCUGGCGCGGAUCCUCCGUUGGGGGGCGGGCUACAGUGGAGAGGACCCCCACCACAUCCUUGUGUCUGUAGACGAGGCGGAGGAGGUGCAGAUGGACCGCUGGACCAUCCUGCUGGAUGCACAAGAAGUCACAGAGGACGGCAAGGAGAACGGCUUCCUGGAACCACCAAAGAUAGUGCAGAUGAACAAUUAUUUUGGUCUGGGCAUCGAUGCUGAGCUCAGUUUGGACUUCCACCAUGCCCGUGAAGAAGAACCAGGAAAGUUCAACAGCAGGUUCCAUAACAAAGGUGUGUACCUGAAGGCGGGUCUGCAGAAGCUGAGCCACACACGGAACCUUCACAAGGACCUUAAACUGCAGGUGGACAAACAAGAAGUGGAACUGCCCAGCAUAGAAGGCCUCAUCUUCCUAAACAUCCCCAGCUGGGGCUCUGGGGCAGACCUGUGGGGAUCAGAGGGUGACUCGCGCUACGGGAAACCACGCAUUGACGAUGGCAUGCUGGAGGUGGUGGGGGUGACCGGGGUAGUGCACAUGGGCCAGGUGCAGGGCGGCAUGCGUUCUGGGAUCCGUCUCGCCCAGGGCAACUACGUGCGUAUCACAGUGACCAAGCCCAUCCCUGUGCAGGUGGAUGGAGAGCCCUGGAUCCAGGCCCCUGGAAAUAUCAUCAUAUCUGCAGCAGGCCCAAAGGUACGGAUGCUGAGGAAGUCCAAACACAAACAGAAGAAGCAGCCUGCCAGCCUGAAAGAGAGGCGAUCCGAAAGCCCUUCGUCCAGUGAUGGGGGACACUGAUGCCCCCCCAAACACCUGCUCCUUGGUGUCACCUUGUGAGCACGGUGGCCUGUUGGCUGCUCUAAACAGCUGUGGCAGGGACCCGUGUGUCCCAUAGGCUCUCAGAUGGUUUGCGUAGCUAGCACUGUCAUCUCCUGGAGUGUUACAUUGAUAAAGGAGGAGAUAUCACAAGCAUUUAGCAGUCCCUCUCAUUCUCAUCUUACUGCUGAUCAAUUUCACCUCUGUUGGGUUCGGUUGCCCCAGUUAAGAUCAUUCAGAUUAGCUUCCUGUCUGAUUUGUUAGUUUGUUUUAUUUUUGCAGUCCUUCAGAGUUGGUAUGGCCUGGCAUUUAUCGAAGACAAAUACAUUGUAACAAUUGGCCGUGGUAUUAUCUGGUACUAUAGCAUUUGGUACCAGGUGGUUACAAUGAGUCCCCAAGAAACCGAGAGGUGUUUAUGGACAACAUGUAAUUACUGUGUUACCGUGUAAUAUCAAAGUAAAUACCAGACGGUAAAGUGUAAUUGUUGCUUUUUUAAAGUUCAGACAUCAAGCUACUUGCUGGAUUAACGUCAAAUAGUCUACUACUUGACAAAUGACCUACUACUUGACAAAUAGGCUACUACUUGACAAAUAGGCUAGUAUUUCGCAAAUAUUCUACUACUUGACAAAUAGUUUAGUAUUUGAUUUGACAAAGUACUAGUAUUAAUGUAAAACAACAACUUACCAAAGUAAAAAUGCUUACGUGUAGUAUAUUAGAGUGAAAAAAACUCACUAUUUGCCUAAAACCCCACUAGCCAUUCAAUAACAAUUCUAGGAAGUGCAUGUGAGACAUUGCAUGUUAUUUUAUACGUACAUGUUUCAUGCAGUUGUAAUACUUUGAGGAAAAUCAAUAUUCCAAGUGGAGACUUACGACAGUAGCCUCAGAAAUAUGCACAUCCGCACAGACAAACACACUCCCAUCUUAAUAUUCAGUUAGUGCAUACUCAAGUCUGUUGCCAAGUUCCUCCUAUUGUUUAUAACCUGUCUCUGUAGCAGUCACCCUCGCUGCAGAAUAAGUACUCACCUCACUUAAUGCCUCACAAAUGUAUUCCAAACAUAAGUAUCAUUGUGUUUGAAUGGAAUCAUAACUUGAAUGUUGCACUCCAUUCGUUGUUUUACAUAUCUCUGUUGCUGCUCAUUUUUUUUUAGCUGAUGGAAUGAAUGCAGGGAGGAGACCACCAGCCAAUCCUAAAUAUGCAUUAUAAACUAGAGAGACUUGUGUUGUAUUUCUCCAGUCAUUUGCUUGGCCUGGAGGCCAUGUUUCAUCCAUAGUAGAGAUGGUACGCCUGAGUACCUGUUCUCUUGUUGUCAGCACUUCGUCCGCAUUCCUGGUGAUGUAGUAAUUACAAGAAAUGCAGUCAUGAAAUGACUCCUUCAUUUGAAGGAGGAUCUCAUUUUUUACACUCCAGCACGUGAUGUCGCUGGAACAGUAUUUGAUUGAUUCUAAGUUGACUCACUUUUGUGACUUGGUGCUAGUGUGUAGCAAACCGUUUGAAUCAUUCACUCCACUAACAGCUUCGGGCCCUAUUCAAUCAAAACUGGUAAGCUGGUGUUGUGGUUGAGUCAGAAUCUGCAGUCCUUUUAUGCAGUCUGAAAGUAUUUGUGAAAGCACAGUAUUUCCCAGUUGCAUUGACAGCUAACUGGGCUUGAAUGAAUAGGAUCCGAGACAGUUGGGUCCUCAUGGCCCAGUAAACACACCCACUGUGGUGAUUUCACCUGUGGUUCCUCAUUGGCUGUGUUCCAAUCAUCGUAAUUACUUUCCUUGUCUCUUCUCCUUCCUGAACACUAGUAAAUGAAGGGCUUGGAUAUAUACUCACUAUAUACCAUAGAGACUUAUGACAAGGACAUGAACCCAUUUUAGACUGAGGGGACACAGCUAUUGUGUUGUGAAAUGCAUGUACAGUCAACAGCCUGUGUAAAAGAAAAACGGGAGUAAACAUGGUGAUGUUUUUAGCUGUUUAGCUGUAAUAUGAGAUUGUUUAUUCCAUUUAGAAACAUAAAGUGUUUCUGUGUAUACAGUAUGUGAAGACAAGGAUUGGUUUUAGAUCAAUAAGUAUCUUUGGUAUCUGUCUUUGGUGUCAGUGGUCAGCUCUGUUCUGCAGUGCUCAUUGGGAUAGUCCGUCUUUUACAACCAUUGCUGUGAGGUUUUGUCACACCAUAACUCCAUCACCAAAAGCAAUCCACUCCAAAGAUAAUGCUCCAAUAGGAAUGCCCCUUUCACCCCUCUCAUAAGACGGAAGAAUGUCCACACCAAGGGAUGAUUUGAAUAUAUAUGGAAGAAGUGAUGACUGAUUGCUGGCAAAUGCAUCAGCACACAGUUUGAUGGCUAUCAAUCAUAACAUUUUUGUGUUUGCACUAAAAAGUGCCAUUAUUUUAAUACAUUUUUUAUUUCUCCUCAAUGUUGCCGCACUGAAAACUCCAUAACAGCAUUGCGUCAAUGCCCAAGGUACUGUUUUGUGUUGAAUGUCGCUUAUGUGUAUAUCGUAGUAAGUUUACAGCUUCUGCAUCAUUUGUGCCUGUUGCUGUGCGAUGAACCUUCAGCCCAAAGUGUCAUUCUGUGUUGUCAUUUGACCUAACCUCCACGUGGUGCCUCAUUCAAGUGCUUCUAGAACCUUGGUGGUAUUACCUGUGUGUCAAAGUGUUUAACAUGAUGUGUGGUCCACUCCUGCUGGUGCAGUGAUUGAAUAUCUCCAUCUAGGCAUUUUUAGACCAUUUUGAGCUAAUGUGCCUAUAGAUGACUUAUGUUGUCAAUUCUGUGUUUUUAUUUGAUUUGCCGUAAUAAAGGUAUUUUACGUUUUUACCAAGUCUAAAUAGCAGUUAAAAGCUAAAUGAAUAAAUAUGUAUAUUUUUGCAGACAAAAGCUGUUUUUAGUUUGAACUGUAAAUUGCACUACAGGGUGACGGUAUUGACGGUAUUGUUUUACAGAUGCUUUUAGGUGUUAAGUUUGGUUACACUGAUGUUUAAAAAACUAAAUCUAAAGAUAUAUGUGAAAAUAACUAAAGAUAUAUGAAAAGAUUCUGUGUAACAAUUGUGUCCAGUUAAAAUAAAAUCAAGAAAUGGGA